UAAUCAUUAUUUAAUUAAAGAUGGCGGCUAUUGGUGGUGGGUCACUUUCUAUUGUUUCUGCUGAGGAUGAAGGUGUUUGGGACUCUAUGGCUGUCAUGGCGGCCGAGUCUUGGAAUAAAGGAAGCGCUGAUGAGUUGGGCAGUAUCACUAGGGAAGAUUUACUACCUCAGGGUGUUGAUAUAAAGUCAUUAACGAGAGAAUCAGCUGGUGAUAAAUUCCUAACGGCAGCACAGACUGGACUAACGGAUGUACUGAAAGAACUGUACAAAACUUUUAAAAAAGAACAAAGAAAAGAUGACAAUACAUCCACAGAGAACAAAGAAGGAGAGAAUUGGUUGUUGCAUUAUAAAGACGAAGAUGGCUAUACAGCACUACAUAGAGCCAGUUACAAUGGACACUUAGACACAGUCCAAUAUCUACUAUCAAUAGGAGCUGACCUACACUCUACAACUAAUGAUGGCUGGACUCCAUUACACUCUGCAGCACGCUGGAAUAAAGUAGCAAUCGUAUCACUUUUAUUACAAAAUGGAGCUCGUAUUAACGCAUUGACUAAUGGUAACCAAACUCCUCUUCAUCUUGCUUCUUGUAAUGGAGUAGCUAAAGAGACUAUUGAGUGUCUAUUGUUAGAGGAAGAUUGUGAUUUAAGUGUAUGCAAUGAUAAAGGAGAGACUGCUCAAGAGCUGGCCCAAAGCUACGGGAAACAUAGCUACCUUUUUGAAAUGAGAGAUGAGAGUAUUGAAUGUAUAAUAUAAAAUUAUUAUUAAUUUUAUGAAAAUAAAAAUAUUUAUUGUA